AUGGCUGCAGCAGUUGGGUUUCUUUUGAGGCUUUAUGGUGUCUACAACCUAACUUCAUGCUUCACUUACGGAGAGGAGAAAGCUGUGCUUACCAAAAAUGAACACUAUAAUGGCUACACAGUAAAUUCUGAAAAUGAUUUUGUUCUGGAUACAAGUGGCAAGUUUGUUCAAUAUGAUACACUUCAAAGUGAUCCUAAGUACAUCAAUAUGGCUAGUCAUUCUCCUCCACGAGAAGAACCAAGUCCAACAGGUAGCCCAAAUUCUUUACCGUCAACUUCAAUGGAUCUUGAACAGAAGAUACUACAAUUCCAAGUCUUCUCUGUUGACAAAUAUGCUCGUCACAAAGUUAUUGGUGAAAACGAGAUCAGAAUUGGAGAUAUUGAUUUACGACUUCCAAUCAAGAUGUGGUUGAAUCUACGAGAUUUAGAUGAGAGACAUGCAGAAUAUGGUGAUAUUAUGUUCUCCUUAAGUUACCUUCCAACAGCUGAACGUCUUACAAUUGUCGUAGUGAAAGCACGAAACUUAAAGUGGGCUGAUAACAAGGAUUCAGGAGAUCCAUUUGUAAAGGUCUACUUGCUACAGAAUGGCAAGAAAGUGAACAAAAAACGCACCACAGUGAAACGAAGGGAAAGGAACCCAAUUUUCAAUGAAGCAAUGAUAUUCUCUGUUCCAGCAUCUGCCCUCUCAACUGUCCAACUUCGUAUCACAGUUGCUGAACUAAUGGAUAACAAUCGUACACCCUCACUUGGGCAUGUGAUUGUAGGCAAUAACACAUCAGUUCUCUCUCUUACUCAUUGUCCUUUCUUUUCUCUCUCACGUUUCCUCUUUUCUUUCUCUCUUUUUCUUUACACAAAUUCAAUUUCACACACGGCUGCAACAGAGAUAUAUACUUUCUUCCUCCUCUCUGGUCUUCUCUUUUCUUUCUUCUUCUUUACACAGUUCAGCUUCAAACAUGGUCCGGCUGCAACAGAGAUAUAUACUUUCUCCUUCUCUCUGGUUUUCUCUUUUCUUUCUUCAAACACAGGCUGUAUUCUCAGUGUACAAAUUUCCUUGCGUCUUCUGUGA